AUGGCGACAUCCAAAAAGCCCACGUGUUCAGCCUCAAGUGGAGACAAUUCCCCGCCGAAACCCUUCCGCCACGUUCACCUUGACGGAAGAACGCUCGAAGGAGGUGGCCAACUCGUCCGUAUCGCCCUGGGACUAUCGGCAUUGACAGGCCGAGCAGUGACGAUAGAUCACGUCCGCGGAAACCGUGGAGGCAAGACUGGUCUCAAAGCAUCACAUGCGGCAGCAGUCAAAUUGCUGGCCGAGAUCAGUGGCAGCCACGUCUCGGAUGGAAAUGUGGGAUCGAAAUGUUUGACGUUCACACCACCACAAGCCAGUAUAGACGAGGACGAGCAAUUACUAGACGCGACCCGACAACAUCGAGAUGUACCGCUAGUAUCGUUAGAUACUCUGUCAGUGAAACCAGAGUACAACAUUCGCUUGACAACUCCGGGAUCCGUCUUUCUCAUUUUCCAAGCAUUAUACCCCUACUUGUUGCAUGUUGGAUCGCGCGCAAUGACGGAGCGCAUUAGAGUGAACAUCAUCGGCGGCACAAACGGGACCAGUUCCCCUUCCUAUGACUACGCUGCCCAGGUCAUGGCGCCAAAUUUUGCUCGGCUGGGUCUUCCUCCAUUCUCGAUGACUUUGCAGAGUCGUGGCUGGACAUCUGGGGUCGUGGGAAUGGGUGAAGUGAGCUUCUUCAUUCGUCCCUUGCUAGAGCCCCUAGAUGGAGCCGCGAGUGAGAAAUCACAACUGUCCGUAGGAGCCGAAUGCGCGUCUCGCUUUCCACGGAUCAAUAUCACGGAUUAUGAGUGUGGGAAGAUUACUCGCAUCACUAUUACGAUCCUCGCACCAAAGGAUACUCUUCAUGAAGCCAAUGAGAACGGAGGGUCUCUGACUGUCGCCGAAUACGUGGAGCAAGAGACUCUUCGCAGGCUACGCAAAUCUCUGAAGACACUAGACCAGUCAAUUCUCGCCGAGCCCUUAGACGGAGAACGUCAUAUACCCAUCGACAUGUCUCCAACGGAAAUCACAUCUCACCCAAGCCGAGUAUACAUCCUCCUGGUCGCCCAUACUUCCACGGGAUUCCGAAUUGGCCAUGAUGCCUUAUUUGGCGAUAACCGGGGACACAAGCCCACAAAGCAAAAAGUCGGAAAGCACCAAAAAUACAAGAAGGGACAGGGACCACCUCCCAAGAAGAAGGACUCCGAAGCACAUCUACAACGGGUCUCCGACCUGAUCGAUGGAUGCGUGCAAGGACUCAUCGAAGAAUUGUCCGAAACAUACGAUGAUACACAGACUGACCAAAAAGGUGGAUCGACAGGAUCUACAACUGCCAAGCGGUCCUGUUUAGACUUUCAUAUGAGAGACCAAAUUGUGGUGUUUGAGGCUCUUGGGAAUCUUGGAGACAAAGUGGGUAUUGCUGGAAGCGAGGCGGCUCAAGCCCCCGAAGACGAGCGAUAUUGGACUCUCCAUACCAAGACAGCCCAGUGGGCGUGUCAGAAGAUGUUGCAGGACGUUGCCGAUAAUUAA